AAAUAAUCAUUGUAAGAAAAUUGAAAUCAAUAUGGUGCCCAUCAUGCGUGAAUUUGUUUUAGCGUGAUCAUCGCGUUUCGCAGGGCGAAGUGAAAAUGUCGACUGUGUUUUGGUGUCUCCUCCCAUGUUAGCUCGGACUGGUGCUUUGAGCCGCCAGAUCCCGGAAGCAUCUCGGAUCGAGCCCAUCAGGGGAAGAGAAGAACCAAAAUAUAUCAGUGUAUAAUUGCCCAUCCUCUGGAAGCAGGAAGACGACGACGGUGGCCAUUUCCGGAGCGUAGGUGCCAGCAAAAGAUGAGUUCUAAUGAAGCCCACUGGGAACCAUUGGCGGAAAUUUAUGUGUCCUAUCCGGCAGGAGCGGAAGUUGGUGUAAGUGGAACGGGAGCAACAGGAACGGUGACAAACAAGGAGAAGAAGAAGUGCAUUUACUGUCUGUGCAGCCGUGUCUUCAUUAGGAACUACUACGAUGUUUACGUGUCGACGCUGGAACGGGGUGAGCCUAAUCUAUUGGAAGCAUCCGUAGUAGAUCAGCAGCACCCGGAACCGGACCAGCAAUGCACGGAUGAGAUUGAUGCGGGAGCAGUAAUAGUAAAGGAGAACACCAUAGAAAUUGUGGAGGAAAUCGAGGAUGAUGUUUUCAGCGAAGAACCCCUGAGGAAGCAGCUGAGUUUCGGACGAAGUGUGGUCAAAUGGGACCGAGAUUGCGGUGCUAGUGAUGCAAGUUGCUACUUCAGUGCAAGUGCAUCACAUUCCGAUACCAAUUAUUGCAGUACUGACGAGCAUGAGCAUAUCUUCCACGGUGCUGUAAUGGCCCAGCACGGACUGCACUCUAGCGAUAGUGGGGCCGAUAUUUCGGAGAAGAAUUUUGGAAGGAAGGAUGAGCGAAAUGAGGGUUUCUUUGAGGGAGUGAAAGACGCUCUGGUGGAUGAGGCGAAAGUUACUUCGAUGGUGCAUGCCGAACGAAACAAUAGUCUGCCGGAGGUUUUCGGUAGAGAAGACUUGCAGGAAGCAUGGGAGUCCUACUGGAACCAACACGGGGAAUCGAUUAUCUGGGCUUCAUGGAUUGAGAAGUAUAGCGAUUAUAUUAAUCCGGAAUAUCUGGACCAGGUUCCGCAACAAGCACAACAUGAAACGAACUGUACUUCACCACAUUCCAAGAGUGAGGCCACUCCGGACACGACCUAUGAUGCUUCCAAGCACUUCUCCUUCGAUACAAUGGAGGCCGAUCCGGACCCGAAAGCACCUACGGAAAUAAUCGUUACGACCAGUUCGCCUCAUCCUUGCAGCCGGAGUGAUGAUUUCAACGACAUCUGGAUCACGCAUCGUUCUGGAUCUGGAGAAAAUGAAGCCCUGUUGAGUCCUCGCUGCGACUCGGUAACUUCCAGCAUUCCACUGACCAUCGGCACUACGGAUUCAAUGACCAACGUAACGCGUAUGACAAUCUCCAGCUACGACUUUUGUAGCUCGAAGGUCAGCUCCGAAUCUUCCAAUCUGAGCGAGUCCAGCCUUAGCGAGCCAAUGUCAUCCGAAUCGGAAAGUUCCAACAGCUCCGACUUGCUGGAGACGGCUUGCUUGCGAGCUGGCGGCGUUCAACUCAGCUCCUCGCUGGAUGGUGCCGAACCAUCGUCGUCGACCCUACAGGAAGACGAAGCUGCCAUGGAUGGGGAACAGUACUGGCAGAUCCUGUGGCAGAAGCAUUUCCAGGAGAUGUAUGCAACCCAUUACAAUACUUUUAUGGCUGAGAAAAGCGGCGAACAUGUUGGGAGAGAGUCUAGAAACAAGAUGCACAAACGCAAGCGCAACAGCAGCAGCGGUUCCGGGAUGAUGCUCAAAUCCGCAGUCAACGAACAUCUUCCAGAAAUGGUCGCUCAACUAAAGCUUGGUUCGCCCAAAAAACAAGACCAAACGCAGCCGCCCACUGAGGGUGAAUCCGAUCAGCAGAAAGAAUCCGAAAACACCAGUAAGGACCCAAAGGAAGCGCCACAGCCAGAGCACAAAGUAGAGGACAUUUCCAGCGCCCUGGAAGCAUACGGCCUACCGACUUCGUUUGGUAAAUCCAACAAGAAGACCACCGGCCGCGGAGACGGCGAUGAUGACCCACCGGAGGAUCGCCCGGUCAAUCUGAAACGAAGCCACGAAAGUGACACCGAAGAAACACCAAACGACAGACUGAAGGCCGCUUUCGAGCUGAUGGGUUACGCCUUUUCCGAUCCGGCCAACAAAAGCGAAUCGGCCGACUCGAUCAUCAACAUCACCGGCGAAGUGGUCUACCGUAAGAAGCACAUUCGACUGCACAACCGAGUGCUCAAGAUGAAGCACCACAAGCCGAAGCACACGUUCUUUGACGACGAUGGCAACGAAAUCGCCCCGCCGGCAGGAUCGGAAAAGGAAGACGCUGCACCGGAAGCGCUGAUGCACACUUCCUCCGACGACGAUGAUCCCAGUGGGGCUGUUCCUUCGAGGAGUGUAUCGUCCAGUGUUCGCUCCAGCACCAUUUUGGAGUACAGUCAGCUGGUGAACAAGGAAACGGGGUCGCAAGAAGAGGACGAGGGAUUGCCGGAAGGACAGGACGAAAUCCCACCUUCGGAAGAACCACUAGAAGAGAACGUGGUUGUACCGCCUCCCACCAAAAAGGAGAAAAAGAAGAAGCGCAAACCGAAGUUCGUCGCCAGUCUGCCGGCGGAAAUCGCCAAUGACAAGUCGCUCCUCAAGUAUUGGUACAAGCGCUUCUCUCUGUUCUCGCUGUUCGACGCCGGUAUCCGAUUGGACCGGGAAAGUUGGUUCUCCGUGACGCCGGAAAAGGUAGCCUCGCAUACGGCCGAACGCUGCCGCUCGGAUCUGAUCGUGGACGCGUUCUGCGGUUGCGGUGGCAAUUCUAUUCAGUUCGCCUUCACCUGCAACAAGGUGAUCGCGAUCGACAUCGAUCCGAAGAAGAUAGAAAUGGCCAAACACAACGCCGCCGUGUACGGGGUGGCUGAUCGGAUCGAGUUCAUCACGGGAAACUUCCUCCAUCUGGCGGACAAGCUACGAGCGGAUGUGAUCUUUCUGUCGCCGCCUUGGGGCGGUCCCAGCUAUCUGAAGGACGAGGUGUACGAUCUGGAAACGUCGUUGAUUCCGGUCCCGGCGACCGAGCUGAUGCGCAAAGCCCGCAUGGUCAGUCGCAAUGUGGCCAUGUACUUGCCGCGGAAUUCCAACACCCAGCAACUGACCAUGCUGGCCGGACCGAACAAUGCGGUAGAGAUCGAACAGAACUUCCUCGAUCGGAAGCUGAUCGCACUGACCGCCUACUACGGUGAUCUCCUUAAUGAGUGAGCUAGUUAGGGUGUGACGUAGCAUAGCAAGCAACUAAUAGGCAUUAGGGCGAACGUAAUUACCCUAAUGUGGAUAUGCAUCAAACGCAGAUUUAAGCUUUUAGAAGGAUUUUUUUGUGUUCAAUUUUUAUACAUACAAACAGAAACUUAAGUACAUACCUACAUUAGAAACAGAAAAUCAGAACUAAGUAUCAGCUCGAUAGCAAUAGUCACCGGAAGACAGAUUUUAUUUUUUUUAAUAUAUCUAGUAACAGUAACACUAACAAGGAAUUUUCGCAGAUUAUCAUAGUAGAACUUUAUUUGAUUAUUCAAUUAGCCAAUUUUUUCAAUUAGUUAAUGAUCUUACGCAUUUAACGUACUACCAAACUUUACUCCCGAUCACGUCAAUGGUUCAUACACCACAAACACACACUUCAAGCAAAGCUACUUAUAAUUAUUUUUUUUAAACGACAAUCUCGUUUUAUUUGUAUGUUUCCUUAGAUUAAGUUAGACACAGUUUUUAGCAAUAUCUCAACAACUAGAACAUUCUUCUUUUCCGCCUAGCAAAAUGAAUCGCAGCAAGUUUUUACGAAUAAUUAUAGGAUAAGCAACAUCAACAUCAUAACAUCAAAAAUGGCCACCAGAUAGAAUUGAAAAUUGAAGGCGAACGAUAUAGAUUGCGUCACCCACCUCCACUCGGUAGCAACAAGUCUCGCUCAGAUCGUGAUGGAAAUGAAGAGUAAUAAACCGUGUGGAUCAUGACAACCGCAAAUGAAA